AUGACUCGGACAAGUUCUUCCUUGAUCAAAGCAAUUAAUUGUAAGGGAAAACCAAGAGGUCUCCAGGCUGCUCGCAAGCUCCGCACCACUCGUCGUGAGAACCGAUGGGCUGAUAAGCACUACAAGCGUCAGGCUCUCGGAACUGCUUUCCGUUUCUCACCCUUCGGAGGCUCUUCCCACGCCAAGGGCAUUGUUCUUGAGAAGAUUGGUGUUGAGGCUAAGCAGCCUAAUUCUGCCAUUCGUAAGUGUGUCCGUGUUCAGCUGAUCAAGAACGGCAAGAAGAUCACUGCCUUCGUCCCCAACGAUGGUUGCUUGAACUUUGUCGAUGAGAACGAUGAGGUUCUCAUUGCUGGUUUCGGUCGUUCCGGCCACGCCGUCGGAGAUUUGCCCGGUGUCCGUUUCAAGGUCGUCAAGGUUUCCGGUGUCUCCCUCUUGGCAUUGUGGAAGGAGAAGAAGGAGAAGCCUCGCUCUUAAAGGCUGACGGCACUUCCUCUUUAUUUUUUUUUUUCUGCAGUCGUCUGCAGCUGUACGAAAAUCUUUACAAUAAAUCGACAGAAUCGUGGACAAUCUUGUUUUCUUUAGACCCUGAAUCAGAAAUAUUCGUUCUGUCAUAUAUAUAAUUACGAAUAAUAGGGAUGUCGGCACGAACGCGAUGCACUUUUUUUAAACAACAAGAGAGAAGUGAUCUUGAUAUCUGUUACAGCUAGUCUGUUAGUUUUGUUAUAUCCCCUGUAGUGUAUGAUAAUGACGAAGCAAGAGCGUCA